CUCGAUACUACUGCACAGCUAGUUCAGUGGUUGAAUAAGCGAUUGACCCGAAGACUAGAAGUUGUGUGGUGGUGGUGAUUUCAUCUCCUAAUCCCCGCGCUGGCUGCAUGACGUAGCUAACCCUCGCUCGCCUUUUUCUCCCCUUCUCCUCUCGCUGGCCGCAGCAUAUCGUCAUCGUCGGCCCUCCCGAACAUUCCGCACAUAAGAAACUAUUCUCUCCGACCAUCUGAAAAAGAAGAACCAUCUAUAAAUUUUAUUAGACGGAUCAGAAAUCCGCUGAAACACGAUCGACAACUUCUCGAAGCUCGAAAGCCACUGUUGCUCGGGCCAUCCUUAUCGCUGUCUCAUCUCCAGAUCGAACUAGCCGAUCCAGAAUCAUCCGGGAGCCUCUAUCCAUCUAUACUUCAAUAUUCUUAUACUUCUUACCAGCGUAGACUACUAAAAUGGUCGGAAUGGUUGGAAAGGCUGUCCCGCUCGGCCUCCGGCUCUGGGAGUUCCUCUGGACUCUCCUCGUCAUGGCCUUGAUCGGUAACAUGAUCGCUGAGGCGUUCGCAGGCAACCCUGCCACGGUGAACUACGCCAUGUUCGUCUCGGCGUUCUCGAUGUUCACUCUCUUCUAUACUAUACCCGCCACGCUCAACUCCGACUGGGCCAUCCACCCAAUCUUCCUGAUCGUCAUCGAUACCCUCAAUGCGAUCUUCUUCUUCACUGCCGGUAUUGCUCUGGCUGCCAGGCUGGAAUGCCACAGCUGCAGCAACGACAGCUACACUCUCCACAACGAGAUCACCAAUGGUUCCCACAACCGCGAAAAGCGCUGCCGUGAGGCGCAGGCCUCGACUGCCUUCCUCUGGUUCGCCUGGGCCGGCUACACCGUCUCGUUGGUCUUCUCAAUCAUGGGCUCGCGCUCCGCUGGCGUCAACCUCCGUGGCCGCACUGGUCCUGCUCGUGGGGCUUCUCGCCCCAGCAUGGCGCAGGUUUAAGGGUGCCAUGAGUGGCAGAGACAAGAGGAAGUCGACACUGUCCCCAAUCUGUGUCGCCUCUCCGAGUCACGGAAGGCUUUGGACACACUGACUUACUUCGGCUAUAAUGCAUAAGGGAAACUGAAUGGCAAAAGACAAAUAACUCACGACUUUGCAAAGGACAAGAAGAAAAACAAAGAUGAUAACGUAUCUGGCGCAACAUGGGACCAUGACGCUGCGCUCGAGAAUGACAGUCUGGAAUUUCUUGUGAUGGCUGCAUAACUGGUAUUCAAAUCGUGAUUGGUAAUAUCGGAGGUGUUUAGUGGUUAUAUUUUAUGUGUAUAGGGGCCCCGAGAGGAAAUGGGGUGUGGGGUUUAAUCGUUAGGAUGGGGUGGACGUGGAGUUUAUAGUUCUUAUCUUCUUUUGAUGUCUACUGUUCUAUUAUGUGACUGAUAGUAUGUAAUACUUGGAUCUAAUCAUUUUCGGUAUAUUGGGCA